AUGCCACCCACACUUACCUUUCUGAGACCUCUGCAUGGUCACAGCGUGGUACUGCGCUCUCCAGCUUAUGUGACUGAUUCUUUAUCCACAAAAACUGAUGUUGAUGAAGGCCAUGACUGGGACACCUUUAACAUCAAUGAAGUGGCCGGGCUGGACCUGCUGGAGGGCAAUAUUGAUCAGGUGGAAACAUUCAGGAGAAACUCUAUCCUAGGACAUACAUACCACUGGCCAACAACUGUUCCCUAUUACCUAGAGGACAAUCUGGACAUGAAUGCAAGAGGAGUGAUCCUGAAGGCAUUUGACCAGUACAGACUGAAGACCUGCAUUGACUUCACACCAUGGAAAGGGGAGAAGAACUACAUCUCUGUGUUCAAAGGCAGUGGGUGA